AAUUAUACGGGCUCGGUUUAUGCAGCUGAGCGUUUCUCACAAUGUCAUGUGCUCGUUAAGCAAUCGAGCGAAUUCUCGCUGUUCGUCCCUCGCCCACUCGACGUCAAUCCGUGUAAUGCUAUUGAAAUAAACGAUACUUUAACAGUGGUGAUCGUUAUGUCAAACGAUCGCGUUACGCCGCUGGAUGUAACCACUAAAGACGAUCUCUUCUAUGAUAUUAAAUGCGUAUAUCGAAACCAAGACGAAGAUAUCGAGCAAUCUGUUAACGUGCAUUCUGGACUUGUUAUAAGGUAA